GACAAAACGCAUGCGUCAAAAAUAUAAAUAUGUCGACUUUCCGCUGAAGAAACUGGUCCUUGAAAAGAAAACAUUUCCAUGUCCACAUUGAACUAUGUAGCACAUUCAGAUGAAAUCAUAACACUGUAUUUACAUGUUUUCAAUUAACAAUUUCUUGUCUUUGCAUUCUAGUUUCCGUAAGACGUAAACAUGUCAUUUUUGACCAGCUUUAAAAAGUUGUUCCGUCUUGGCGGUGAGGACGAUUUAAAAAAUAAGAAAAAAGAAUUGUACAAAAAUAUAAAAAGAGAAAUUGACCCGAAGAAUCAAUGGGAAAUUUUAGCAGAAAUUGGUGAUGGAGCUUUUGGAAAAGUGUACAAGGCUGAAAAUAAAGAGAAGAAUAUUUUGGCAGCUUUAAAACAUGUUGAGAUUAAAAGUGAAGAAGACAUAGAGGACUUCUCAGUAGAAAUAAAUAUCUUAACAGACUGUAGACAUAAAAAUGUUGUAUCACUAUACGAGGCUUUCUACUUUGAUAGUAAAUUAUGGAUGUUUAUUGAGUAUUGUGGUGGAGGAGCGUUGGAUAGUAUCAUGGUGGAGCUGGAGAAGCCAUUGAAUGAGAAACAGAUCCGUUACGUUUGUCAUGAGAUGUGUGAAGGUUUAGAGUUCUUACAUGAAAGCAAAGUUAUACAUAGAGAUUUAAAGGCUGGUAAUGUACUCCUCACACAGGAAGGAGAUGUCAAACUAGCUGACUUUGGUGUGUCUGCUAUGAAUACAAAAACAGUUCAGAGACGGGACUCCUUCAUUGGUACACCCUAUUGGAUGGCUCCAGAGGUUAUUAUGUGUGAAACGUUAAAAGACAGUCCAUACAAUUAUAAGGCUGAUAUUUGGUCACUAGGUAUCACAAUGAUAGAAUUUGCUCAGAUAGAACCCCCAAACCAUGACAUGCAUCCUAUGAGAGUUCUGAUCAAGAUACAGAAAUCAGACCCUCCAACAUUAAGUGGACCAUCACGAUGGACAAAAAGUUUUAAUGAAUUUAUCAAGAUUUGUUUGAAUAAAGACCCAGAACAAAGACCAACAGCUGGAGAAUUAUUACAGCACAAAUUUAUCAAAGAUUACACAGAUAAAAGUGACAUAUUAAACUUAGUGUUAGAAUCUAAAGCUGAGGUUGUAGAAACUGUAGAAGAUUUAACUGAGGAAGAUGAUAUCAAAGAAAUGAAGCGUCACAUGAGUGAUAUGUCCAGUAUAGAUUUAGAUGAAAUAUCAACUUCUGGUGGGGAAACAGAUCAUGAAAAAGCUCCCACUCCUGAAAAAGAAGUUGUCAAAGAAAAGAAGAAAAUAUCAGGUGUUGAAGAGAAAAAAGAACCAGUUAUUGUUGAAGAGAAAAAAGAACCAGUUGUUGUUGAAGAGAAAAAAGAACCAGUUGUUGUUGAAAAGAAAACAGAACUUGCAGUUGUUGAAGAAAAGAAAGAAACAACUGUUGUGGAAGAGAAGAAAAUUGAGGAAAAAGAAGAAGAAAAGCCUGUUGAACCAGUGCCUGUGGUACCAGAACCUUCAGUGUCUCCUAAACCUUCUCCCAAACAGUCCCCAGCGCCCUCUCCUGAACGGUCUCCUGUAACCACACCUCAGAAACAAGCAUCUCCUCAACGAUCUCCAGAAGCAAGUCCACAGAAAAUUGCCAAAGAAGAACAAGAUAAAUCAUCUGACGAAGGUCUGGGACCAAGCAGUGAUGAAAAAUCUGAUACAAGCCAGAAUGAAAGUAUGUCUAAACCUGUAGAUGAUGGAAUUAAAUAUGAUAUUGAUGGAAUCGUAGACGAUCUAAUUAAUGAAGUAAUUAAAGCAACAGAGACAGAGCCAUCCGUAGCUGCUGUUGUUUUUGAUGCCAUUAAAGAUGUUAUAACACAAGAGGAUGACGACGACCAGAAUGAAACGUCAGUAUAUGAUGUCACAGACAUCGAGCUGGAAUUGGAUGAGGUCAAAGAUGAAACAGAAGAGAAACAGGACACUGAAAAUAAAAGUGAAACGAGUGAUGUGUCCAAACAAAUUCAGGACAGUGAAAGUAUAGGUAAUGACAAAACUAGUCUUUCUAGUGUGACACGUAUAGAAAUUGGGCAGCCAGGGGAUAAACCUAAAACAGAAAUAAUCACAAAACCUCCUCCCGAAAUGGAAGUACAGGAAAUUAAGGUCAAAGUUGAAAGUGAUGAUGAAAAAUCUGAAAAGGUGGAGGAAAAAGAAUCAGACUCUGAACGUAAAGGUAAAAAUAUAUCUGUAAUAACAAUAAAUGGACAGUCUGUUCCACCUGCAGGAAAUAGCGUACUUGUAAAUGGUCAUGUGACAGGUGUUAAAGACACUUCGGGAAACGAAAUUAUGAUUAAUUCCAUAUCAAAUCAGAAAAAUGAUCCAAAUGUUCCACAAACUGACCUAGAUUCAUGUGAUGUAGAAGAAGGUCAUAAUGACCAGAAGUCUGACACAGAAAGUGUCAAUACAGAGGAUAGCAUGGACAUCGUGGAGCCCAGGAAACCUAGAAAUAAAGCACAGGGACACAUUAGAAACAGAAGUGAGAAUAAAAGUCAGUACCGAACCCUGACAAAGACCAGGAGAUAUAUGAAAGAUGGAGUUGUUGUCACAAGUACUACCCAAAAGGUUGUUCAGGCUGGGGAGGAAAACCGGAUAAGAGUGGACUUUUAUGACAGAAAACAAGAUUUAAGAGAGUUGAAGAUGUUACAGAAACAAGAAAAUAAACAAUACCAAGAUUUAGUGUACAAAUCACAAGGUGCUAGGGAAACACAAGAAAGGAAGUUUGACUAUGAUAUGCAGAAUUUAAAGAAGAAUUAUGAUCAAGAUAUGGAUACCUUGACUAAACAACAGAAACAACAAGUGGAAAAAGCUGAGACUUCUCAACAACUUGACAUGAAAGGUGCUGCUAAACGUAUCAAGGUUGAACAGGAAAAGGAACUUAAAAUGUUUAAAGAACAACAGAAACAAGAGAUGAAGUUACUGAAGCAAGAGUUAGAUUUCAUGUCUAAAGAUAACAAGAAAGAAGCCAUGAGGAAACGUAAAGAUGAGAAGGAGAUAGAACUGGCAGAUAAGGAGAGACAGUUCAUGGAAAACCAGCAAGAGAGAAUGGAGAAACACAUGAAACAAAUAGCAGAUACACACAGACAGAAAGUAGCCUUGUUAGAAAGUCAGUUCUUACAACAAAAACAACAGUUACUGAGAGCUCGUGAGGCAGCAAUUUGGGAGUUAGAAAAACAGCAGUUACAUGAAAAACACCAACUGGCAAAGAGUCAGCUGAAAGAUAUGUUUUUCUUAAAACGUCACCAGAUGUUAACUCGUCACCAAAAGGAAGUAGACCAGAUGAAGAGAAGUAAUUUAGGGAAGGAAGAAGAAAUGCAAAGAAGACAUGUGCUUGAGAAAAGAAGGCUUCCUAAAAUACUUAAAAAUGAGGCCAAAACCAGAGCUCAGAUGUUCAAACAGAGUCUACGACUUAGUGUUGUAGGAUCGCCAGAGGACGAUAGAGCUAAAAUGAAACAGUUUGAAGAAAAUGAGAAAAAGAGAAUAAAAUCAGAACAACAGAGACAAGAAAAUAAACACAAGAAACAGUGGGAAGAUUUGGUGUUCAGAAAUGAGACAAGUCUCAGAGAACUUGAACAAUUACAGGGUGAAAAGAGGAAAAUGUUAAUGGAACAAGAGACCCAAAAGAUUAAAGAAUUAGAUGAACAAUAUUCUAAUGAGUUACGAGAAUGGAAGAACCAACUUGUUCCUAGGAAACAGAGAUUAGAAGAAGAAUUCCAAAAACAACGAGAGGAACAAGAAAAAUUUUAUGGGACAGUUGUAAUAACAGGAAAUGAAAAUGCGUAUUCAGGAUCAAGGCCAUCUCCGUCGGCAUCAUUACGGAGUAAAAAAGAUUCUGUUACUUCACGACAUUCAACAGUUAUAUAGAUAUACGCUUAGAUAUAUUAUACCAUGUAUAUGUUGCCAUAGAAACAAUGCUACAUUGUGAUAUGUUACCAUAGUAGCAGUGCUAUUUUUAACAUAUAAUUUCUGUGGUGAUGAUUUUACAGACAAUGUGUUCUUCACAAUUAAAACUUCAUUUUAUACACAUCAAUGUUUUCAAAACAAGGUCUGUCAGUCUAUGUAUCUAUGUAUGUUCAGAAAGAUUUUCUUUGAGCUUGCAGCUGUUCUUCAGUAAAAGAAUUUCAUUUGUGGCUAGCAUGUACUCUAUUACUUUAAAAAGGAAUGGAAGUGAAAUUCAAACUUUUCUCCUGGCAUUUCAGUGGUCAGUUUAAAAUAGUGAAUGACAAAAUGUCUUUGUAUUAUGGCUAAUUUUGAAAAAUCCAUCUAUGCCUCAUGCUCUUGCUUUCAAUUAUUUAAAUUGAAAAGUAGAAGAUAAUAGAAUGACACGAGUGAAGAUUAUUAUGUAGUUACAAGGAACUGCAUGCACUGCAGGUCAGGCAAAGGCAGUAGGUAGUGGAUAAGUUAAAUGAACACAACAUUUGGCAAAAGAUUUACCCAAAGGACCUGGAUUAUUAUUAGGAUAAUACAGAGAUACCUUAUCUUAAACAGAUUUUCUUUCAAUAAUAGUAUGGACUGAGAAAGGAGUCGACAAGGUUAUAUUUAUGUUCUGAAUUAAUUAAUUGUUAUUUCCAUAAAAUGUGCUAUUUUCUAAAUUUAACAUGGAAUAACUGUUUUGUGUAAGUUUAGUCAAUAAGAAGAUUGGGUGCUGGACAUGGUUAUAUAAAGAUAUAUAUUAUAUAUGUAUUAGAUGUAAAUAUGGGGCACAAGAUGAUGGAACUGCCUAUUUCUCAUAUAUAAUUCACUUGUUUUACACUUUGUUAAUAAGUUUUGUUUUACCAAUCUGUUUCCAAGGAAACUUUUAAAUUUUAAAAUCGUGUAAUGGAAUGUGAAAUGAAGGUUUUUAAAAUUUUGCUAUACAGUAAAUUAAACACACAGCAUGAUUCUGUUUAAGCUCAAUUUAUUAAUAGUUCUGUUGUUCCCUGUAUAUAAAAAAGUUCCAAAAGGAAAUAAUUUGACUUACUGAAGCAAGAAUUAUUACUUGAAGCAGGAUUGAAGAUUGUGGCAUGUAGAUACAACAUAACCAUUGUCUCAAAAAAACAAAUGUUAUUUGUUCAAAGCUUAGAAACAGAUAACAAUGUCUUUUUCAUAACAAUGCUUUAAACUAUUAAGAUAUAUUGUAUGGUGAAAUUUGAGAAUUUGGACAUGGAAUGGACAAUUUCUGUGAACAUUUAUUCCUUAGUUAUUUCAUGCAUUUAAUUUUUCAAUAUCAUAGUCAAGGCCCUAUGCAGCUAAUGACUGUGUGUCACAAAUGUUUGUAAUAAUGUGUACAGUGUAUACCAUCUGUUUCCACAUUAUCACAGUUAGGUUAUAUCUACUGGUUAAUGUUAAAAUAAUUAACUCUACAAAAUCAAAGGUGAAGUGUUUUACAAAAAAUAUGUAAAGAAACUGUGUCCACCAAUAAAAUUCAAAAGCCUUCUAUAGUAAUGUCUAAAUAAGGACAAUAAAACAUUGCACUAUUUGGGAUUCCUUUCCAUAUUUGACCAUGAAAUUGCUAAAAAAUGACUAUGUUGUAGUAUUAAUGUAACGACUUGAGUUCAGUAAACUUCAGAUUUCCUCUGCAAACUUAAAAAACAGCAUAUAUAUAUAUAUAUAUAUAUAGAUUGGAUUGCUGUCCAGAGGCGGAUCCAACGGGGGGGUGGGUGGUUUGAACCCCGUUUUUUUUUUUUUUACGAUCAAUGCUUUUGAAUGGGGACAUAUGGUUGAAACCCCCUUUAUCCUGGGUUGGAAACCCCCCCCCCCCCCCCCCUUUUUUUUUUUGAAAAUGGCUGGAUCCGCAUCUGCUGUUGAUGUAUAGUCCAGGGAAGUCAUAUUUUGUGAUCUCUUAAAAUUCAUGAUGUUAAUUUCUGUUACCCUCAUAUUUAAUGAGGUACAGAUGCCUUACAAGGUUAAGACAAUAAUUAAGUUUUUUUAUAUCCAAAAUAUUUCCAUGAAUUUGUUUCUCUUUAUUCAGGAUUAUUAUUUAUUUAUAUAUUUAUUGGUACCAAUGUUAUAUGUUAUGAUGAAGCAGUUGAAUGUGUGCAUGUCUGUUGUUGGCUAAAUAUUUAUUCAGAAGCAGUGUGUGAAGAAAAUACAUUAUGAUAUCAGCCUUAAACAUUUGUUAAAAAUAUUUUUCAUGCUUGAGUUGAGAGAUUGAAGAUUUUUGUUAGAAAACUGCAGUGGUAUAUAAUGAGAAUUAUAUAAAGAAGUAAUAUUUAGGAAGAUUCCUCGGUUUAUGGGUUUUCAUGCUAUUAGAGAAGAAAUGAUAAAAUACUUUAUAUUUCGUUAUGGUUGAGGUUUUGAUUUUAAUAGGCAACCAUAAAAGUUGGUAAUCCCUAUGAAUACUACCAUUUAUUCAUUUACAUUUAGUACAUACUUUUUAUAACAGUUAUAUAUUGUCAAUAUUGAUUGAUUUGAUUUCUCAUGAAAUGAACCCAAAUAAAUGAAAUAUUUUCGCUAUCAGUGCAUGAAAUUGUACAAAUAUAUAACUGUUGUUGUUUCAGUUGAUAAAGUUUGUUAUAUGUACUAAACAUUUUAAGUACUACAUAAUAAUAAUAGUUAAUUAUUUCAGGUUUUUUUUUAAUUAAUAUUUACAGUGUAUUAUGUUACUUAUUUUCAUGAGAUUUUUUACUUGCCAUUUUUUGUUUUUUAUGAUAAUUAUUAGAUAGGUAAACAUAAUCAACACACAAUGUUUUGUAUAUUUGCUUAUGUGGCUUUCCAUACAUUCCUGUCGUCUGCUGAAAGUGCCAUUAAUUCUUUCCUGUAUAUUUGGCUUAUUUACCUGUAUAUUUUGACCAAUCAUUGCAAUAUAUUUGAUAUUUAGAAAUCUGAGAUUUAUCAACCAUGAAGAACUACUUUUCUCUCAGGUAAUAUACCAAUUUAAUUUAGAGAAAAAAAAUAGCAAUUGACAGUUUUCUGAUUAAAUUCAACCAUAAUUAUCUUAUAAUACACAUCAUAUUUUGACAUGGAUGAAAAUUGUCCAGAUUUUAAAAAUUUCAUUACUCUAUAAUAUUUUACAAACGUGAAAGUUUUCGCUAAUAUCUGGAUUUAUACUACAUAUAUUUUAUCAUCCAUGAGUGUUCUCUUUACCAUGAAAUGUUUUAUACCAUACUUGAAAAAAAAUAUGGAUAAUAAAAUUAUUUUUUAUUUGUAUCCCCUUUACGGAGAUCAUGCUUAGUACCCACCUAUUUGUCACCAAAGAACUUGUGCAUUGGUCGAUAGCUAUAAACAUUUUCACAUGUGCAACAUGAAAAUCUCUAAAUAACAUAAUAAAUAAUGUCAUACCAAAUCUUCACUGGUUGGUUUGAAACGUUUAUAAUCCAAUUUAUUUCCCGAAUGUAGUUGUAUAGAUCAGACAGUUCUUUCCAAUGUCAACAGCUUUUGAUGCUUAGUUUGAAACUAUUUGAGAAGAAUGAUGAAUUUACUAAGACAGUCUUAUACUUAAUUUCAUAGUCCAUUGAUGCACUGAUAAUUUGGAUGUUGGCAGAAAUAAAUGGUCAUAAAAAAGAGUUUACUAUCUCCAUGCAAAUGAUUUAGUAGUAUAUUAUAACUAAUUUCAAGUUUUUUGGAGUAUAUAAAAAAUUCAUAAGCAAAUACCCUUUGCAGUUCCUUGUGUGAUUACACAUUUUUUUUUCAUGAUGCAAUGAGUAUUAGAAUUUUGGGAUAUAUAGGGUUUGAUAUGUCCGUCCUAAUAGCUGUAGUCAUCACUUGCUCUCUACUAAAUGAAUGUAUAGCUUUGUUAUAACUUGUAUGUGCUAUUCUGUGGUCUUUUCCAACUUGUACAUGUCUACUCAUAUCACUCAUAUUGUUCAAUUCAUUUUCAAGUAGACCAGAAAUUAGUUGAUAAGACCAGUUGGUGUAAACAUUGAAUGAAAUAGUUUAUAACAACAUAAAACAAGCAUUUAAAAAGGAAUAUACAACAGUAUUGCAAAGUCAAGCUUUUCAGUAGUUGUUUAAAAUGUUUCACACUAAACCUAUUCAUAGCUGCACUGAUUAAUAUCCUUGUCAAGGAAAACACCAUAUGUUUUUCACCUGAAUUAGGAUUUUCAUUUAAUUUUCAGCAAUAUUUGUACUUAAAAAAGUUAGCAUUUAUUGUUUAUGGCAGAUGAGUUGAAGUCUGUUUUGGUAAAUUAUUACUGGUUGUUGUUCUUUUUUGCUGUCACCCAAUUGUGCCAGAUAAUGGGUAAUAUUAAGCAGUCACAAACAUGUUUUAAUAAUUAAUGAUGCACACACUUACAAUACUUAAUGUGUCUGUCCUUAUAAGCUAUAAAAGUCAUUAUCUCCAUGGUAUAUUUUUUUUAUUUUGUGAUCUUGAUUAAAGUAUGGAUAUUGGUUGGCUCUCUCUUAUACACAUCUAUAGCUCUCUUUGUAGCAAUCGUCUUUGCCCAAUGUUAAAGGGGGGGGAUAUAUGGUAUGUGAUGGAUUAUAUCCCAUCAGUUUUACCACAAAUCAUGCUGAACUUUAUUUAAAAAGCUGAACUGUAGUUUGGUUAUGUGUAAUUAAAUAAUGAAGACUAUUUUGUGUUUGAAUUACAUUAUUUAUGUGAAUUAAUUGAUAUUAGAAUAAUCUGCUAUUUUCAUUCAAACUUAUAAACAUUUCAAUCUAUGUAUAAACCACAUGAUUGAUUUAACCAAUUUCUGCUCCACUUGUGAAGUUAGCUAAGAUUUAUAGAUUAUUGAUGGUUUUUUUAAACAGGGAGGUUGUUUCUCGAGAUGUGGCAGAGAAACGUCCCGAGUUUGAAAGACCAUUGAUAAUCUGUUAGUUGCUAUUUUGCCUUAGUAUGUUUACAUUUACAACGUCACAUGCGCCCUUAGUUUCUGAUGAUAAUUUUCUAUUUCAAGAGAGUAGCGUGAUAUGAAAAAUUAUCACAAAAAAGAUAAAAGAAAAAAUACGCAAAAUAGCAAUGAUAUACAGUAUACUUGUGCACCAUGUAUUUUUCUCAAUUUUUAGGUAGAAUAGACAUUUUUUCGAAGGAAUAAUAGUAUGGGCUGCAUUCAUUUUAAAGGUUACUUUCUAGAGCAGAUUCGAUAAAUCCUGACCAUAUCAAACAAAUUUAAAUACAUUUAAUUAAAUCCUGAAACUGAAGAAACAAUUGGUUAUGUAUCUUCUAAUCAAAUACCUAUGUGCUUAUUACAAAUAAGAAAUUAUAAGCAGCAGCUGAAAUAGAUAGGCAAUAGUAUAUGGCUUUUUCAAUAUCACGUCUGUAUAAAUCAUCAAAGACACCAAUAUCUGUUGGUUGAUACAGUGUGUGAUAUAGAAAAAAGCAAUAUCAUAUACACUUUAUUAUAUACAUGAAACAGAUGUUUUUCUGUUGGUGUUUGAUAAAGCCUAUGCAACCCCGACUGAUAUCUAUAUCAUCAGAGAUGGCUGAUACAAAACAACGGCUAUUGAAUGUAUUAUACUUAAAAUUUACUUUAUUUGGUACUAAGUAUAUAAUCAAAUUUCAAUAUUAUGCAUCAGUUGCUGCACUUUAUUCAAAUAUUGCAAAGAAAUGUCUAAACAGAACGUUUUGUAAAGUCUUUAUCAUAAUUUGUGUUAUUUCAGAAAUAUAUGUGCUAUCAAUAUUAUAAUAGUUUGUAUAUAAGAUGAGCUUAUUAUUUAAGUUCACUUAAUCAUUUAAUAUAUAAUUUUCCACAAAAUAUGAAAAUAAACUUUUUAAUUAU